AUGACGGCCAGCAGCCGCCGCCACGCCCGCUUGCCGGUUGUCGCGCCGUUGUACGACGACGACCUACUCUUCGAGAUUCUUGUCCGCCUUCCCCCGCAGCCCUCCUCCCUCCCGCGCGCCUCCCUCGUCUGCAAGCGCUGGCGCCGCCUCGUCUCCGACCCCGCCUUCUGCCGCCGCUUCCGCCUCCGCCACCGCCGCAGCGCUCCUCUCCUCGGGUUCUUCGACAUAUUCUGUAACAUCUCCUUCAUACCUACUCUGGAGGCCCCCAACCGUAUCCCUCCCGGCCGCUUCUCCUUGCAGCUCGACCACGGGGACGGCGACUUCAUGUCCCUUGGAUGCCGCCAUGGUCUCGUGCUCAUCUACCUUAGGAAGCGCCUCCAGAUCCUGGUGUGGGACCCCGUCACCGCCGACCAGCACCGCCUCGCCAUUCCCCCGGGGGUUGCGGCAUGUGGGGGGAAGACCCCGAUCAACGGGGCGGUGCUUCGCGCUCCUGGAGACGUCCAACACUUCCAGGUGGUCUUGGUAGUGGCAUAUGAUGAUGACCAACAACACAGACGAGCGCUCGCCUGUGUUUACUCGUCGAAGACCGGCUUAUGGGGAGAUCCCAUCUCAACACUCUUUCCAUACCAGGCGGUCGAGGCAAAUGUAUUCAGUUUUGCCACCCUCAUUUCUACGGAUGUCGCUGUGCUAGCUGGAGAUUCCCUUCACUGGGUGCUUGCUGGGAAUUUCAAUGGCAUUCUCGAGUUUGAUUUGGAGAAGCAGGGGCUAGCUGUGAUACGGCUGCCAGAGGAGGUCAACUGCUGGAAGCUUAUGCGGGCAGAGGGCGGUGGGCUUGGUCUCCUCGGGAUGUCAGACUCAAACUCGAACACCCAGUUAUGGAAGAGGAAGACCAAUUGUGAUGGUGUUGCUUCAUGGGUGCUUGGAAUGACUAUUGAUCUGGAGAAUAUACUUCCUCUGAAACCAGAGGAGAAAGGGACCAUUGCGAUACUAGGGCUUGCUGAAGACAAUAAUGUGUUGUUGCUGUGGACAAUUAUUGGUCUCUUCGUGGUCGAUCUUGAGUCAUUAAAGUUCAAGAAGCUUUUCCAAACCAUGAUAAUUUCUCAGUACUAUCCAUUCGAAAGUGUCUACACUGCAGUGAUGCUUGUGAAUCUCCCUUUCCUCUCAAUCCUCUUGGUGCCGCCGCCGCUGCGCACAGGGCACAUCUCACGCGAUGGCGGCUUCUUCAGCCAAGGCGCUCACUAUCCUCCUGCCCUCCUCCACGUCUCCUCGCCUCCACCCCACCCACUUCAUGUGCGUUGCUUCUCCAAGAUUGAGGCAUGGUACUCGGCGGCUGCGGCAAAGGAACUGGUGGAGCGCGAGCUGACCAGUUCAACGGAGGCAGGAGCAUGGAGCAGCGGCAGCAGCAUGAAACAGACAUUGCUGGUGGACAUGGUGGAGCUGAUCUUUUGCACAAGACAUAAGAUGAUUGUCCAGUUAUAUAUGCUAUGUGAUGUACCGGUUGAGCAGGAUCUACAGUUACAUUUUGUUGGCUGAGAUGCAGAAGUUGCUUGUCAAGUGUAGUUUCUUCCAUCUGUAUGCUCGACGCCGAGAUUGAGCCUCUAUGUAGCAUGCAGUCUUCAGCUCUGAAGUGAACCUGUAGGAAUUAAUCGCUUGAUUUGCUAAUUUCAGUAGACAUUCGGCGACUGGCAUGAAGGCGCAUUGGCCUGCUUCGAUUUAAUUUGCCUUGUGAGACAAGCAUGUUGUCAUGAGCUUAAACUAUCAACUGAUCUUGCUUGCAUUUUAUUAUCUUCUGUGUUGUAUCAGCAGGGAGAGGUUUUGA